AUGACAUACAACGUUGCAGAAUUCGUAGGGCUACACAGAUUGUUAGUUAGGGCGGUGGGAAAGCAAAGGAAAGGCGUGCAUGUUGUCGGGGAUAGCGACCUGAUACUGGGGUGGAUUGAUUAA